CCCAUUUUCCGGUGGGAUUGGUUGGGAGGCCGGGAAUUCCACUCGUGGUGCGAGUCCAGUCGAGGUCAAAUCGGGUGGGAAUCGGGCCGGCGGCGGAGCGUGUCGGAAGGAAGCCGGCGGCGAGAUGGAGGCGACGGUGGAGGAGCUGAGCGAGGCGUACCAGGAGUUCGUGGCGUCUGCGGCGGCCGUGGUGGAGGCGCGCGGGCAGUCCGGGGGAGAGAAGACGGCGGCCACGGACGCCGCGCUCGAGGCGUUCAAGCAGCGGUGGGAGCUCUUCCGCGUCGCCUGCGACCACGCCGAGGAGCUCGUCGAGUCGAUUCGCCAGCGGAUCGGCUCCGAGUGCCUCGUGGAUGAGGCCACCGGCGCCUCCUCCUCCUCCUCCCCCUCGAAUCCCUCGUCCGCGGCGCUGGCUGCCCCCGGCAUCAAGCCCAUCAGCGCCGUCCGCCUCGAGCAGAUGAGCAAGGCCGUCCGCUGGCUCGUCAUCGAGCUCCAGCACGGCGCCGGAGGAGCCUCCGCGGCGGGUGCCGGCGGUGGGUCCGGCGCCGCGGCUGCGGCUUCCGGCGCUGGCGGGCAGCACGGCCACGGUGGGGUCGACGCGCGCUUCCCGGAAGACGGCGCCCAGUAGGUAUGCUUUUGCUGAAUAAACUUGUAAUAGUGCUUUCUUCAAAAAAAAAAUCCAAAGAACCGGUCGUAUUUCUGUGUAAUCAUCUAAGAUUUGCAGCAUUAGAGCUUUAUUAUUUUACAUUAUGUAAAAAAAUUGGAGGUUGUGAGGCUCAGCAUUACCAGAGUAUGCCUAAUGAUGUUAAAAUUUGGGAGAAAUUAGCACAUUUUAUUGGUGCCGUGACUCAUGACCAUAUUACGCUCGGGUAGUUGAUUUAUUUUUUUUUCAUGUUUUUUCAGCAUGAUAUGAGUUAGAUUAACAUGUUAGCUCCUUUUUUUGUUGGCGACUGAUUGUGUA